AAGCACUACCUUCCAUAAGUCUUCACCUUCCUUUCUAGCUUUAAAUAGCUCCACGCUUAGACCAUCUAACCCAGACACCCACAUCACACAAGCCAUGGACUGGUUCUCCUGGUUAUCCAGAACUGGCCUCGAGUCUUCACUUGUUUAUGAAUACAGCCUCGCUUUUGCCCACAAUGAGCUCGAAGAGGAGGAUAUAAUUUACUUCAACCAUGAAUUUCUGCAGAGUAUGGGCAUCUCCAUUGCCAAGCAUAGGCUAGAGAUACUCAAGCUUGCCAGGAAGGAGAAGGGAGGAAGGCUGCACCCUGUGACAAGACUUCUGGCAGCAAUCAAGAAAACCAAGAGGUGUUUUGCUAAUUACAUCCACUCAUUGGUUCAUCGUGAUGAAUCUGCUCUUGUUGUGGUGCCCAGACCUUCUUAUGGUCAGAAGUGGAGAGGAUCCAUGCUGAAGAGGAAUAAGAGGUUGAUGAAGCUCAAGCAAGGAAGGUUGAUGUUAACAGGUGGAUGUGCAAUGGUUGAAGAGCCUCCCAUUGAUGCUGGGGAAGCUCCUGUUGUUCAGGAUCUACACAGUGAAGAAAAGGUGGAUGAUGAUGAUGAUGAUGAUGGAUACUGGUCCACAGCAGUCGAGGAGAUCAGAUGGGACACAAUGUUUCAGGAUAUGAAGCCCACAUGAAGCUCUUUUUUUUCCUUUUUCUUCCUCUUUUUGCAAAUGCUGAGAGAUGGUUCUUUUUUGUUCUACCACCAGAGAAUUUGGUUUUGUGUGCCUCAGAAGGCUUCCUUACUUUUUUUUUCACUGGUGGGUCUUGUAAAAAAAUCACUUUAGCACCAUAGAUCACUACUACAUUUCUUUUUUCUUUUUUAUUUCUCAUCAUCUGGUAGCAAAACAAGCACCAAAAGCUUGUAAGAAUUGGCCUUUUCUCCACUUCUAAGAAAAUAAGUGGUAAAGGGAGUCUCGUUUAGUUGAAAGAAUUGGCCUUUUCUCCAGAGCAAACUAUUUUAGAGAGGUUCUAGACUCAGGAAUGCCAAGCCUCAAGACCGAUCAGGGUGCCUUUUGAGAGUUAAAGUAGGACCCAGAAGAAAAGCUUGCCCUGUGAGAGUUCAGAGCUGUAGAACGAUUAGCACAGAGACAGAGUUUCAUUGUGAAGAAAGGCACAAGAUAGCGAUUCAGACUGGGGUAUUCCCAUCCUGGUAAACUUUUAAGUAGUUCAAAAUUUGAAGGGUAAUUGCAAACCAAAUGCGCCAGACUUCUACCGAAACCCAUGCAGGUGGUUGAACAAAUCCCAAGGUUUCUGUACUUAAAUGUCUGGCUUGUCUGCAAUGCAAUUUCAUUUGCAUUGGUGCAGAACUAUGGGAAUGCAAAUUCUGAUUUAUUUUUGUUUCAA